UCCGCUCAUUUUCUCAUUUCUUUUUUUUUCUUUGUCUAGGGUUUUUGGCAAUAGUAUAUAUAUACAGUUGCAUAGAGAUUCACCAAACUCUCUCGCAUUCAUCACAAUGGCUUUUUCUUCUCUUCUCAAACCUACCGCCUCCCUUGUUCGACCUUCUCAUCGAUCUCAGGCAUCAUGUGCAGGACUUCAUCAUAGUAGUAAUUCUGUUAAAUUACAAUCGUCUGUCUUCGGAGAUGCUGUGACAAUUUUGCAAUCUUCGUCUUUACAAAAAUCUGGUGCCUGCAGUAUUCAACCUAUCAGAGCAACUGCUACUGAGCUGCCUCCAACAGUUCCAAGGUCACAGACUGGUGGGAAGACAAGGAUUGGUAUAAAUGGUUUUGGACGUAUUGGGAGAUUGGUUUUACGAAUUGCAACAUUCAGGGAUGAUAUUGAUGUGGUCGCAGUUAAUGACCCAUUUAUCGAUGCAAAGUAUAUGGCUUACAUGCUCAAGUAUGAUUCCACUCAUGGAGUCUACAGUGGAUCCAUCAGUGUCCUGGACGAUUCUACUUUGGAAAUCAAUGGGAAGCAGAUUAAAGUCAGUAGCAAAAGGGAUCCCGCAGAUAUUCCAUGGGGUGAUUUAGGUGCAGAUUAUGUUGUUGAAUCUUCUGGUGUCUUCACAACUAUUGAUAAGGCCUCAGCACAUAAGAAGGGUGGUGCAAAGAAGGUCGUAAUCUCAGCACCAUCAGCUGAUGCACCUAUGUUUGUGGUAGGAGUGAAUGAGAAAACUUACAAAACCAACAUGGAUGUUGUUUCUAACGCUAGCUGUACUACCAAUUGUCUUGCUCCCCUUGCCAAGGUGGUUCAUGAAGAGUUUGGCAUUAUUGAGGGACUAAUGACUACUGUGCAUGCAACAACAGCUACCCAAAAGACUGUUGAUGGCCCAUCAAUGAAGGAUUGGCGAGGAGGCCGUGGUGCAGGACAAAACAUCAUCCCUAGUUCAACUGGUGCUGCUAAGGCAGUAGGAAAAGUUCUGCCAGAAUUGAAUGGGAAGCUCACUGGAAUGGCGUUCCGUGUCCCAACACCUAAUGUCUCUGUUGUUGACUUGACUUGCCGGCUAGAUAAAAGUGCUUCUUAUGAUGAUGUGAAAGCAGCGAUAAAGUAUGCAUCAGAGGGUCCACUUAAAGGCAUUUUGGGUUACACAGACGAGGAUGUUGUCUCAAAUGAUUUUGUUGGCGAUUCCAGGUCGAGCAUAUUUGAUGCUAAAGCUGGUAUAGGCCUGAGCAAAUCAUUCGUGAAGCUCGUCUCCUGGUAUGAUAACGAGUGGGGUUACAGCAACCGAGUAUUGGACCUCAUCGAGCACAUGGCGUUGGUAGCAGCCACCAAUUAAAAUACAAGAUAAUAGUAGCUACUGCAGAGUUUGGCGCAAGCAACAAUUUGUAUUUGAAAAAGUUGUGGAGUAGAAUGCUCCAUUUUGGUUAUGGAUUGAGUUUCAUUACUGUCGUACUUUAGUUUAAAAUAAUGAACAGUUGGACAUGUAUGAUUACAUACGUCUUUUCAUAAGGAUGUAAUUUUAUACACUUGCUACUAUGGAGAGGUGGCAAUUUUUUUUACUUAAAAGGAGAGCAUAAAAUUUGUUAA